AUGGAAACACGGUCGGGUCGUAAACUAGGAUCGGCAAUCCCUCGUACGGCAAAAGCGUUGCCAUUGUCAUUACCGGCAGAGGAAACGCAAUCUGAUGCCCGCGCCACGGCGCUGGUGUCGACCGUACCACCGAUCGCGGUUAGUACUCACAGUACAUCGGCCUGCAGCCGCUCAUCUGCCACGGUACGUGCUAAAAAACUUGCAGCUCAAACACAGCAUGCACACCGCCUUGCACAAAUUGAAAUGGAGGCGGCAGAAGCUCGUCGUGCUAAGUUGGAGGCGGCGAGGAAGGAAUACGAAGCAGAAAUUGAAGCAAUCAGUUCCCGGGGCAGCCGAUCUGGUAGUCGUGCUAGUGUUCAUCGUAGCUGCUCGGAAGUUGUGGACAAAUGGUUAGAUAACAAUAAUUAUCCUAUUUCGUCUCAAUUUCUUAAUAAUCCGCAGAUUCCUACGGUAAACAUACAUCCCCCUACUGUCACCUUAGUUGAACCGAUCGCUGCCUUAGUAUCGGCAGUAGAUAAGUUGACAGAUAAAAUUACCGCUCCGAAAGGGAUUAAUAUAAAACUUCCUCAUUAUGAUGGAAAGUCCCCUACGGAAUGGCUUUCUUUUAAACGUGUGUUUCAGGACACACAGUCUGGUUAUUCACCAACAGAGAACUUAGCUCGUCUGAGCUACGCAUUACGAGGUAUCGCGCGAGAGUCUGUUGACAAGCUCUUAGUGACUGCCCGAGACCCAAAUAUUGUCAUGCGUGCGCUCGAGGUUCGAUUUGGACGACCAGAUUUAAUUAUAUUACAAGAACUUUAUUCAGUGAGAUCGUUGCCGAGGUUAGGUAACGAUAAAGAUCUAGCAACAUUUGCUAGUAAAGUUCGUAAUUGUGUAGAGACUCUACGCUUAUUAGAUGGCGGUGACUAUAUAAAAUCACCUGAAUUAUUUAAUAUAUUAUUAUUAAAACUACCUAUUGUGUUAAAAAGUAGAUGGUAUGAUUUUGCUAUUUCUCAUGAAUAUAGUGGUCAAAACAAGCUAGAAAUGCUCGCUGAAUUUUUAUGUCGUGAGGUUGAGAUUCAGGCUAAAUUUGGUGUCACGGAUUACUUCAGUUUUAACACAACUUCCAAUAUUGACAGGCAUAAAAAACCAGAACGUGUGAAUGCCGCGGAAGUGUAUGAUUUGCUGGAGCAGUCGUCACAAAUAUUCGAGACGGGUUCCUGUAUUGAAACAUCUCUUACAACGGCUGAAAAUUCAUUAAAAAAUUCAUCAAAACAAAUUUGUACAUAUUGUAAAGGAUUUCACGCAUUAGUCAAUUGUAAUAAGUUUUUGGCAUUGACAGUUCAUAAUAAAUGGCAUUUCGUUAAAGAAAAUAAAUUAUGCCAGAAAUGUUUAAAAAGAGGUUCACAUAAUUAUAAUACUUGUCGUACUAAAGGACUUUGCAAUAAAGCCGGUUGCACACAUAAACAUCACAAGUUACUUCAUAAUCCAAAUUUUAUUAAUUCAGCAGCUAAUAUACAGGUAUCUGAAGAGUCAAGUCGGCCAAUGUCACAUGCAGGUAAUGAUAAUGCAGAGCAGUCUCCGUCGGAAUUGGUAUCACAGACAUCUUCUGUUAGUACCACUACUUCUUGUAAGCCAUUACUAAAGGUUGUCGCUGUCACAGUAUCUGGUCCCGCGGGUUCUGUUGAUACUUUCGCGUUACUGGAUGACGGGUCCACGGCUACCUUCAUUGACUCAGAAAUUACCUCUCAGAUUGGAGUAACGGGUACAGUAGAACAAAUUGAACUGCAGUGUGUUGGUGGCUUAUCAAAACAGUCGCAAGUCGAGUAUGUUGACUUUCAAAUAAAAGGAAAGAGAUCUGCUGAUUCCUUUGUCAUCAAACAAGCUAGAUCUAUUACUAACCUCGGACUGGCGAAUCGAAAUGUCAAUAAGAGUGAUGUUCUUGCGUUUCCAUAUUUGUUAGAUAUAGCUGACGAAUUAUGUUAUAAUGCCAAACCUACCAUUAUAAUCGGUAUAGAUAAUUGGAAUUUGUCUGUUCCCAUGGCAGUAAGACAGGGAUCUAGUUCUCAACCUGUUGCCAUUCUUACGGUACUAGGGUGGGUUCUUUUCGGAUUUGUUCAGAAUAGAACAAAUACUGUUCAUUUUGUAAAUAAUGUAUGUGAUUACGAUUUAUGUAGUGAUAACUUACGAGUUGUCAAUGAUGUGGUAGCCAAAUUAGGAGUUAGUUCAAAUAGGUUACCUUUGAGUAAACCGGGACUAUUGAAAUCUUUUCUUAAUAUUGUAAAUCGUUUUCACGAGGAGAGUGUCAUAAUUAACGAUGACAUUAAAGCAAUAUAUCCUCAGGUUAAAAUCCGCAACACAUAUUGUGAUGCGCAACGUUUUACUUGGAGAGACAGUUCUAAAGAAUCAUUGAAAACAUAUCUUAUGUCUUCAAAGAUAUAUGGCGCUGCAUCGAGUCCGUUCACGGAUUUGUUAAUUAAUAAUAAAUCUCGUUAUCAGUUUCCUAGAGUCACACACGUCAUCUUUCAUGAUCAUUAUAUAGACAACUACAUUACGAGUAGGUAUAGAGUCUGUUGAGAGAUUUACUCGUUUACUAGCUGUUAUUCAUACAUAUUGGGAGGUUAAUUUUGAGAUAUUUGAUGAACCAAGCGUGCUGUCACUGAUAUCAAAGUAUUUGUGCUUUAAUCAAUCAUUAGAUGAGUUUCAUGUAGAAGUAGUUAGCGCACCAGUACAUGCACUUGGUUUAUUAUGACUCCCAGGGACGAGUUUAUUGACUGACACUACUUAUCUUCAUUACUUUAAUAGAACUAUUUGAACUAAAAUUAAAGUACAUAGCUGCAUUAAUGCCAACGUUCAUCAAUUUUUCACAUUUACAUUUGUCACUCAUCUGUGCCAGAACAUUUUAGUUGAUA